AUGUUUCCAAAAACAUUAGCUCCGACCAAAAUCAAUCGCAAUAAUUUCAAAUUUGAUAACAUGUUUGUGGUAACUGCGAUGGCUAUGUUCAUAAACAGAUCACACCCAUCGAUACCAAGAAAUUUGUUCUGGGUUUUCCAAUUCCUCAUCAUACUAACGCUAUCGACAACCACAUUUUUGUUUCUUGGUAAUUCGGUGCUUCUCUACGACAUUCCAGCAGGACGAUACGCUGAAGCCAGCAAGAAUGGCACUAUGGCUAUUGUCGCAUUCACAAUCACAAUUAAAUACUCGUUUCUGCUAUAUUUCCAAAAAUACAUGAAGAACCUCAUCAGUGUAGUGGACAGGGAUUAUAAAUUAGCUAUGGAUUUCGAAGAGGAAGAAAAAGAAAUCGUGAUUAUGUACGCCAAGAAAGGCGCUAAAGUCAGUUGGUAUUGGCUGCUGGCGGCUCUAUCAACUAGCAUCGCGUUUCCCCUAAAGGCUAUAUUUAAGAUGGGUUAUUCAUAUUGGCAAGGGGACUUCAAAUACAUUCCCAUGUUCGACAUGAGGUAUCCAGAUCGUCUCGACAUUCUAAAAGACAUACCAGCUAUGUUUAUACUUCUUUUUGUGCUUUGCUUAAUGUUUGGCUGCUACGCGACGACAAUGUAUAUAGGAUUCGACCCCUUGGUCCCUAUAUUUUUAUUGCACAUUUGUGGACAGUUAGAUAUACUCAGCAAAAGGAUAUUGAAGAUAUUCUCAGAAAAUUAUAAUGAAGAAGAAAUCAAUGAGAAGUUGAAAAACGUUAACAUUAAAUUGCAAGAUUUGUACGGGUUAAUAGAAAAUAUAAAAAACAAGUUUACUGUAUUGUUUGAGUACAAUAUGAAGACAACGACCUUUUUGUUACCAUUGUCCUUAUUUCAGGUUGUUGAGGACUUAAAACGUUCGCAAUUGAAUAUGGAAUUUCUUUCGUUUUUCGUAGCAACUAUUUUACAUUUUUACAUGCCGUGUUAUUAUAGCGAUAAUCUUUUGGAACGGAGCUAUUACCUACGUGAAGCCAUAUACUCCUGCGGUUGGGAGACCCACCCGAACACUCGGGCUCGCAAGACAGUGUUGCUGAUGAUGACCAGGACCACGGCACCGCUAGUUUUGAGCACCAUCUUCUAUACUAUAUGUCUGGACACUUUUGCAGAGAUGUGCCGUCAGUCGUAUGCCAUAUUUAAUAUCAUGAACGCAGCCUGCGCUUAAAUCCUUUGAAAUUAUCUUCCCUAUUCAUAAAAUCUAUUUAUCCAUAUUGAUGCACUUUUUUGUUAAUCGCUGUCACUUAUACCAUGUAGGGAAGCAUUUUUAAGCAAUACGUGUACUAAUCAGAUUCACUUACGUACCAAAAUUGACCCAAUCGAACGAUAUCAAGACUUCAUAGAGUCUAAUAUCACAUUUUAACAUACCUACCGCUCUUUAUGUUCAACGAACAUGUACAAAAUACGAUUUGUAAUAGACGGUAGUACCAAAUUACCAUUGCAUUGACGGAGUAGACCUUAAUUAAGGUGGCAAACAAUAGACUCGAGUACACAAUCAUCUCUACAUACAUCCAGUAAUUGGAAUGCGAGUACCUGUGUAGUUUACAUUUCAUUCUCGUGCAAAAUUGAACCAUGACCAAAACUAUGCAAUAGAUUACCCGUUCCUACCUAAUUUUGGGUUACUACAUACAUAAUACUCAUUAAAUGUAAAACU